CCUGCACGUUCAAACCAUAGCUCGUACUGCGAUUUCCCCCCCUUCACAAAAACACAACAAAUCAAAAGCCAUCAAGAUGCUCACACUGACUCUCAAGGCUGAACUGGAAGGUGUCACUGGAUUGCAGCCCACUGACACCGAGGAGAACCCAUAUUACUACACCUUCAAGGUGCAAUGUACCUCCUGUCGUGAGACGCACCCGAACUGGGUCAGCUUCAACCGGUUUGAACUGAACGAGAUCCCCGGGAGUCGGGGCGAGGCCAACUUUGUGUGGAAGUGCCGGUUGUGCACGAAAACCCACUCUGCCUCCAUCACUGCUGGACCACACGCCUAUGAGGCUGAGGAGAAGAAGACCGGCAAGAAGAUCAUCGAGAUGGACUGCCGUGGUCUCGAGUUCACCGAGUUCAAGCCUGACGGUGAUUGGGAAGCUAAGGGUGUUGAGUCGUCAACUCCAUUCACUGGUAUUGAUCUCGGCGAGGGUGAAUGGUAUGACUAUGAUGAAAAGUCUGGAGAGGAGGUCAGCAUUAAGGAGCUGACCUGGACUAUCGGACGGGCAUAAAUUCGUUGCGAUGCUUAAGAGAAAGUCACCUGCAUCUGCCAGCGAGUCUCUCAUAGGCUUGCCUCUGGAGUCAUAUAGCUCCAAUGCGAUCUUACUCCAGAUCUCCAAUUUUUUGAGUUCUUAUUGUAUUACUACUGGUGGUAGGCGGAUGGGAGUGGUUGA